UAUGUGCAAGCAGAUGCUCCUACCAACAAAACUCUGGCUGGGCUGGUGGUGCAGCUGCUGCAGUUCCAGGAAGAUGCCUUUGGGAAACAUGUCACCAAUCCUGCCUUCACCAAGCUCCCGGCAAAGUGCUUCAUGGAUUUCAAAGCUGGAGGUACAUUAUGUCACAUUCUUGGUGCUGCUUACAAAUAUAAGAAUGAACAGGGCUGGCGGAGGUUUGACCUGCAGAACCCAUCCCGGAUGGACCGAAACGUGGAGAUGUUCAUGAACAUUGAGAAAACACUAGUGCAGAACAACUGUCUGAGCAGACCAACCAUCUACCUCAUUCCAGAUAUAGAGCUGAAGCUGGCUAAUAAACUGAAGGAUAUUGUCAAACGUCACCAG